UACACCACUUCAGAGAAUAAUGAAGGUCCUGCUUAUGACUUUGGUUCUUACCCUGUUUUUUGCGGGUGGUUCAGCACUGCAGUGCUACAACUGCAUUGAACUGUCUGGUGAAGGAUGUUAUCCAAGCCCGCAAAUGUGUGGCUAUGAACAGAAUGCCUGCGUCUCUGCCACGUACAACUUCCCUCCAUAUAACACCUUCCAGAGAUGCAUCAACAUGACUGACUGCCUCAUACUGCAGACCUUUUACUUUGUCAAUGCCCAGUGCUGUGAGACUGACCUCUGCAAUAAUGUCGACUACAUAUAAGGCAGAAUUUUGAACAAAAUUUGAGCAGAAUAUGGAACAAAGCUGAGUAGAUCCUUUUUUUAUUUAAAUGUGUGCAUUUCAAUUGGUUUGCUAAUUUUUCCUCGGUGGACGGUUAACCAGACAAAAUAUUGAUAGGUGAUUUAGUACAGAUAAAUGAUAGGAAACCCUGAAUGAGUGAGUGUAGACACCCAGUGCAGAUGCUUUCAGACAGGUGAUACAACUGAGUCACUAACAUCCUGCACUGCAAUGGUAUCUAUAGCAUUGGCCCUAUUAUCAGUGUGUUUGAUCUCAAGUGAUACUAUAGGCGUCUAUGGCCGGGACUCACAAGUCACAAGACAUCACAAUUGGCCUUGCUCUCUUUGAGUGGGUAGGAUGGCCCUCCUUCACCCCCUGAUUACUCACCAUGAUGCUAGCCAACACAGGCAUCUGUUAGCUGACGUAACAGAACAGCUGGUUAGUGUUUUCCUCCAAGUGUGUUCAGCUGACCAAAGGCCGUGGCUUUAGCAGCUGUUAAAAAGGAUGUUGUGGUGCUACACAGGACUCAGAAGAGGUUUAUGUUUACCUUCACCCUCCUAGUGCUGAUGGUAUAGUGUGACUGAGGGAGUCCUAGCUGGUGGGUGGAACUGAAUAUGACAAAAUUGGGGAAAUUACCAAAAAAUGGUAAAAAGAAAUGAUCUAACUGACUCUAGAAAAGGUUUCAUUUUUUGGGCAUGGGUGGCAGGAGUUUCAGUCACAAAGACUGGCCUACUGGCCUGAGCUUCAACAGAAACAGUGACUGAUGUGAAUCUGAGAAAGACAUCGGUAAACAGGAUGGGUGUUGUGGUCCAAAGUGCACAUUUAGUGACAUUCAAAGUCAUCAGAUCUCAACCUAUGGGAGAUUUUGGACUAAAGUGUUAGUCAGAGUUCUACAUCACUAUCAUCAAAACACCAUUUGAGGGGGUGUCUUCUGGAAGAAUGAUGAAGAAUCUAUGACAAGAUGCACCAAGGCUGUUCUGGCAGCUCAUGGUGGUGCAACACCUCACUAAGUGACUUUAUGUUGGUUUUUCCUUUCAUUUAUCACCUGUCUCUAGUGUGUUAAACCAAAGCUAUUUUCUAUGAAGCAUGUCUUGCUGUAUAGAAUCCUUCUUGAAAUCAUAACUAAAAAUCCUGUGAAUGUGUUGGAUAUUUGUCAUAUUUCGAGGAAUAAUUUUAGUGUACAAAUAAGUUGAAAGUCAAUUCAAAUAAA